AUGUAUAAGCAACUCUUGCUAGUAAGUAUUUUGCUUAGUUCUAGUUUAAUUCUUUGCUAGAGAACUUAAACUAAUACUUUGAUUGAAAGCAUAAUUGAAUUGAGAGAAAGAGUCACCUAACUUCCUAGAACUUAAGCUUAACUUGAAGUUUUCUUGUUUGCCUAUGAAAAUGAUAUUGACCCCGAAAAUUUACUAAAGCUUAUGAAUUUGGCUCGUCAUCAACGUGUACUUGAUAGUAAACCAUAAGAUAAUAAUAACGGAAACGGUUUGGGUAACAAUGGUAAUGGCAGCAGCAAUAACAAAGGUAACCAAAAUAAUGUUGGUAAAUAUAAUGAUAAUAACGACAGUUUUAAUGCUAUUAAUAGUGAUAAUAACAAUGGUUUAAACUACUUAAGCAACAAUAACGUUCAAUUAAAUUCCAAUGAUAAUAACAACAAUAACAACAAUAACAACGAUAACAACAAUAGCAACAACAACAAUAAUAAUUUCAGUAACGAUAACAACAAUAAUAACAACGGCAAUGGUAACAACAGCAAUAAAAACAAUGGAAACGGUGAUAAUAACAAUGAUGGAAAUCACUCUAAUGAUGGUAACGGAAAUGGAAAUAACGAUGGUAAUUUAAGUCACAAUGGAAAUGGUAGCUAAGACAAUAAUGAAAACGACAAUGGCAAUGGAAGUAAAGACAACAACGGUAAUGGAAAUAAUGACCAUAAUAAUAAUGGCAACAAAACUGGUAAUGUAAUUAUUCCAUGA